AUGGUCCGCCUACCUCUCCCACAUCGACGCAGUGGGAACCGUUCCCCGAAGAUUGGUUCCUCGUCUCAGGAUGACCUCUCUGCCUCUCCUGGCGUCUCUGAGAUGAAAUACCCGUUGAUCUUGAAAACUCAGGUUAUUAGUGGCCGCAACCUAGCUGCAAAGGAUAGGAAUGGCAUGAGUGACCCUUAUCUGGUAAUCACCCUAGGCCAUGCCAGAGAGUCAACGCCGACAAUCAGCAAGACUUUGAACCCGGAAUGGAAUGUCUGCUUCGAUCUACCUAUAGUCGGCGUUCCGUUGCUCGAAUGCGUGUGCUGGGACAAGGAUAGGUUUGGGAAGGAUUACAUGGGUGAAUUUGAUAUCCCUCUAGAAGAUAUCUUUUCAAACGGUCAGAUUCAGCAGGAACCCCAAUGGUACGACCUUCAAUCAAAAUGGAAGACAAGCAGCAAGAAGAACAAUGAUGUCUCCGGCCAGAUUCAGCUGCAAUUCUCUCUCAUUGACCCUGCCAACCCUUCUGCCUCCCCAGAUCAGAUCCUCUCUAGGUUCAAGAGCCUCAUCCGUAACAGUGAUGAUGAGGAUGAAGAUGCCACACCUACCACGUCUGGGGAUAAUGAAGAGGUUGGUGAAAGCUCAAGGGAAGACCUGACCAGGCCGGAUGAUAUUGUGCAGCAACGGCAAAAGUCAAAAGUUGCUCGACUAAAGCGGAGGUCUAUUGCGGUGCGAGCAUAUGAAUUCUGCGGAGCCAAGGACGGGGUAGUUGGGAUUGUUUUCAUUGAAAUAAACAAGGUUCUCGACCUACCACCAGAAAAGAACAUGACUCGCACGUCCUUCGACAUGGACCCGUUUGUAGUCACGUCUCUCGGCAGAAAGACCAUGAGAACCCGUGUUAUCCGUCACAAUUUGAAUCCAGUCUUUGAUGAGAAGAUGGUAUUUCAAGUGAUGAAGCAUGAACAGUCCUACUCCAUCAGCUUCACAGUUAUUGACAGAGACAAACUGUCUGGAAAUGAUUUUGUUGCAUCUACAAACUUUCCUCUGCAGACCCUCAUUCAGGCUGGCCCUGUAGCUGACCCAGAGACCGGCCUAUACCAACUGCUCGAUCUUCCCCAGGACCCGGUUGAGCCCUCCACGCCUCCAUCUACUUCCAAAUCUAGAUUCAGGCUUACCCUCUCACGCUCUACUUCGGCAUCAAAUCUCACUAAAAUGGCAAAGCCGUCUCUAAAAUCUAAAUCCUCAGCUGCUUCGUUAGCUAGCCAAUACCAACAGGAAAUACAGCAGGCCCCAACUUCUAACCCUACGUCUCAGAAUGAGCCCACAUCAAUGCUGAACGUCCCUGGAGCUUCCUCGCCAGUUUUUCCCGACAAGGCCAACUUCUCUUCCACUAACCCAGACACAGAAGCAUUCAAACAUUACGUUAUACCACUGUUACUGAAGAACAAAGAUAGGUGGGAGGACAAGCAUAAUCCCGAACUGCAUAUCAAAGCAAAGUAUAUGCCGUACCAAGCUCUAAGGCAGCAGUUCUGGCGUGUCAUGCUACGACAGUAUGAUGCCGAUGAGAGUGGGCGUAUCAGUAAAAUCGAAUUAACUACUAUGUUGGACACCCUAGGGUCGACAUUGAAAGAUUCGACUAUUGAUGGGUUUUUCCAUCGGUUUGCAGCGGAAAACGAGUCAACUGGAGACACUAUGGAUCUCACUUUUGAUCAAGCGGUGAUCUGUCUUGAAGAGAAGCUGCAGGAGUUGCAAAAGAAAACAGUAGGCGCCACAAUGUCUAAAUUAGUGCAAUUCCCAUCGUCCUCUUCAGGGCCGUUAGAAACUAGUCGCGAUGAAUCGGCCUCUGGUAGCGAAGAGGGCACCAGCUCACCCCAGGGUGAACUCUCUGAUGAGCGUGGUGAAGAACAUGUUAUUGAGAUUCGAGAGUGCCCUCUAUGCCACCAACCUCGCCUAGGCAAACGGUCCGAUGCAGACAUCAUCACUCACCUUGCUACUUGUGCUAGCCAGGACUGGAGGCAAGUAGACAAUUUGGUCAUGGGCGGCUUCGUAACGUCCAGCCAAGCACAGAGGAAAUGGUAUAGCAAAGUUAUCACCAAGCUAUCGUAUGGCGGCUACAAGAUUGGAGCAAAUUCGGCCAAUAUCUUGGUCCAGGACCGUUUGACGGGACAAAUCAACGAAGAGAAGAUGAGCGUGUAUGUUCGACUAGGCAUUCGAUUACUGUAUAAAGGCUUGAAGAGCAGGGAAAUGGAGAAGAAGAGAAUUCGAAAAAUGCUCAAAUCUCUGAGUAUCAAACAAGGUCGAAAAUAUGAUGACCCUGCUUCUUCCAGUCAAAUUGAUGCUUUCAUCGAAUUCCAUCAACUUGACAUGAGCGAAGUUCUCCUCCCUCUAGACCAGUUCAAGUCAUUUAAUGAAUUCUUCUACCGUGCUCUGAAACCAGGCGCACGUCCCUGCUCCGCUCCCGAUAAUCCCAACAUCAUCGUCUCACCUGCAGAUUGUCGCUCUGUGGUCUUCGACCGCAUCACCGAAGCCACCCAGAUCUGGGUUAAGGGCCGUGAAUUCUCCAUCGAGCGACUCCUUGGUAAAGCUUAUCCUGAAGACGUCGAGCGCUACAAGAACGGCGCGCUUGGGAUCUUCCGCCUUGCGCCACAGGAUUAUCACCGCUUCCACAUCCCCGUUGAUGGCAUUCUAGGCACCCCAAAAACCAUCGAGGGAGAAUACUAUACCGUUAACCCAAUGGCCAUUCGCUCUGCCUUGGACGUUUAUGGGGAGAAUGUUCGAAUUGUUGUCCCCAUAGAUUCUGUUGCUCAUGGCCGCGUGAUGGUUAUUUGUGUCGGUGCGAUGAUGGUCGGCAGUACCGUAAUCACACAGGAGGCUGGGGCAAAGGUAUCCAGGACUGACGAGCUCGGAUACUUCAAGUUUGGAGGAAGCACCUUAUUAGUCCUGUUUGAACCAGGGCGAAUGAACUUCGACAGUGACUUGGUCGAUAACUCAAAAGGUGCAUUGGAAACCUUGAUUCGCGUGGGAAUGUCCAUAGGUCACAGUCCAACUGUCUCCCAAUAUACCCCUGACAUACGUAAGCCUGGUAAAUAUGCAACCGCCGAGGAAAUAGAAGAAGCAAAUCGCAGGAUUGGUGGUCCCGAUCCUUCAUUAAUCCCAGAAUCAGCCUCGGACCUUCGCCUUGACGAAAUAAAAUAG